UUCAUGGCCACCAAACCAGAAAGUAGUCUUAAAAGAUGGAUAAGUCCUCAAGUGUCCUACAUGAUUAUUGUCUGUUGUUCGCUCCUUCAGUUACUCUUGUGUGUCAUGUGGAUCUCGACUUCUCCUCCAUUUCAACAAAUGAACACUGAAAGCAAACCUGCAACUAUUGUCAUUGAAUGUAAUGAGAACUCAUCUGUUGCCUUCUGGAGUGUAUUAGGGUAUCUAGGUCUCUUGGCGUCCAUCAGUUUUAUUGUUGCCUUUCUGGUCCGGAGGCUUCCAGAUAACUUCAAUGAGGCCAAGUUUAUCACAUUUAGCAUGCUGGCCUUUCUCAGUGUUUGGGUGUCUUAUGUUCCAGCAUCUCUCAGUUCACAAGGAAAGUAUACAGUAGCCAUGGAAAUCUUUGCAAUCCAGUCAUCAAGUUGGGCCCUUGUGAUCUGUAUGUUUCUACCAAAAUGCUUUAUCAUAUUGUUCCGACCACAAAUGAACACUAAAGAACAUCUUCUAGGUAAAAAACAAAGGUCAAAAAUAGGCUGA